AGUAGAGCGGACCACGACAGACUAUAUAUACUUACUCAGUACUAGUACUAUAAUGAUUUGCGAAUCAACGCAUCCAACAUUUAUCGUUAACCGUUAACGUUCCCUUCCGUCACCGCAUACCUCAUUUACAUAACGAUGCCAAGUUGACGGCGAUAGAGAGGCGAAUAAACGAGUCGAACCAAAGAAUCGUACCAUGGAAAUUCGAUUUCGCCCACGGCGCGUUGAUGCAUGCCCGGUCGUUCGUGAAAAACAGACUCAGCCUGGGUACCUUCAAUCGGAUACAUCGGCGGACUGCCUCUUUUAAAUCGCUGGGUAUCCCUCUCAUUCCUUACAAAGGCUCCCUUCCAUCCGACCUCGAUCUUUUUUCCGUCUCUGAGAACGAGCCUGACCUCGACGACGAUCUCGGUGGUGGUAAAUUUGACGAUCCGACUAUCUUUGAAAUCAUCGACAUGAACGCCACCCAGGACCCGAUGUCAUCCGAGACAACGCUGCCUCCACCUGUCCAGAACCGGUUUUCGCGGUAUUCAAUAGGCUGGAAUAGACGCGACGGUGAAGAUGAUGCUUCGGUUAUGGCGAGGUUGAAGAGACAUUUGUUAGAGGAAGUUGAUGGAGAGCAGUGUACGGCGCCCCUGUCUGCAUAUUGCUUUAUGACUGGUUUUAUCGAUUCUGUUACAUUCUCUGCUAUAUUUGUGUGGUGCGCAUUUCAAACGGGAAACAGUGUACAACUUGCUCUUGCCCUUGCCCGUCUGUUCAACGGGGAACACGACCGCUCCUUCCAUAUAGCUGACCAACAAGCGCUUUGCUCAGUACUCACGUUCAUUUUUGGCGCCUUCAUCGGCCGCAUUGGCGAUAAGUUGGGCUGCAAGACACGCUUGUGGCUAGUCCUCGGUACAUUCAUUCAAACCGUCUUUACAAUGAUUGCCGCUAUUGUGAUUUGGAAGAAUAAUCAGUCCAGCGUCGCUGAUGCGCGCGACAAUCCCGCAUGGACUAGCACACUAUCUUUCGUAUGCAUCGGGUUCAUGAGCGCAAGCAUGGGCUUGCAGGGCAUCAUGGCGAAGCGGAUCAAUACGCAGUUCACUACCACAGUUGUGCUCACGACGACUUGGUGUGAGCUCAUGGUUGACCCUAAGCUCUUUGACAUCCGUCGAAUGGUCAUUUCGCGCGAUCACAAGAUCAUGGCUAUCGUCAGCCUGUUCUUGGGAGGCUUUGUCGGCCGGGUAUUGCUCGACAGUGUUGGUUCGGCUGGUACGCUGGGCAUCGGCACAGGUGUCCGUUUGAUCAUCAGCCUAUGGUGGCUUUUCGUCCCGGAGAAGGCUAGGAAGUAAAGAUGCGUAUGAAGUGCUCAUAUGCGUGUUUAUGUUCGUGUACAUAUUUUCAUCGGGGACGACUAGGAGACGAGAUGUCACGUAUGCUGACGGGUAGGGGAGUGACGAGAGGAGGAUACGAGGCUGAGGAGGUUUUUUAUGAUUAUACUAG